AUGGCCUCUGCGCAUUCGAGGCCCAAGGAUCCCCUCGACGCUCUGCAGCACAUGAUCAACGAUGUGCUUGUACAUACCGGAAAGGCUCUCCGUGCCUCGCGCAAAGACGGUCACGGCAACGGCCCUUCGCCCCAUGGCUCUAUCCAGGCAAGGCUGCCAGAGACCAUCAAGUCCUUCCACAGCGCUCUUGACAGCCUCGACAGCGAUAUUGUCCGGGCCAAGUCGGUCUUGCUCCGCGACCUCAACGAGCUGCGAUCGCAGAGGGCACAGUCGAAGCCUCUCGAACAGAUACACUCGCACCCCUCGGAUCCACAGUCGCAGUCUCCCACGGUCGUUGACUCGCAUUCGUCCCCGCCCGCCGCGCCCAGGGAUCAUCCCAUCAAGACCGAGCCCAUCAUGAAGCCCGUCGCACCCUUUCCCGACAUGGGCAUGAGUCUGCCCGACGCCGCUCAGUCGGCCACGGUCGUCAAGGAAGAAAGCACACCGACGCAGGCACCAUCUGCCACGCCUGGCGGUCCCGACUUCAAGGUCGAGGGCGGUGCCUCUUCUGCUCCUGGCGGCAUCAUGUCAAUAGCGCACCAGAAGCCUGCUGGGAUUCAACCCAACGGCCCCGGUGGCGACGACACACUCAGCAUGAACCCUGGCCUGAACUUUACCGACAUGGAGUUUACCCUUGCGCCGUCCAACAACGAUGCCCAGGAUCAGCUCAACAGAGACGCCGCCAGCAGCCUCAACACCACCGCCGAGUCUUCCUUUGACCUCGCAUCCUUCGCUCCGGCCGGCGGUGCCGACAAUGGAAACAACAGCAACAGCAUGGCCUCGCUUGGCGGCAUGCUGCCCGCCAGCCUCAGCGGGGCCAUGAGCAAGCCAAACACCGCCGAUAACCAGAGCAAGCCCGCCGACAACAGAAACAAUGACAACGUGCAAGACUCGGCGUUUGCGGACAUCUUCACGGGCGAUGGUCAGGCAGACGGGAUGGACUUUGAUUUUAGCCUCGGAGACGGCGGCAUGGGCGGGGAUACGUUUGACGAUCUCAUGAAUGAUCGCGACAACACCUUCAACACGAUUGAGCACGGGGACUUUGACGCGACCUUUUUCGGCAUCGACAAGACGGAUGGCACCUAA